GUCUUGCGCUCUUUCUUCCUCUUCAAGAAGACGCCCCUUCCCUCGACUGUUUCUCACUUCUCCUCUUUCCUUCCUCUUCAAGAAGACGCCCCUUCCCUCGACUGUUUCUCACUUCUCCUCUUUCAUCCUUCGCGAACUUCAUCUCACACUUUACCUUGUUGCACACGACCAUCAACCACUUUGCCUGAUUGACUCGACGUCAUUCAAUCAAUCUUCCACUUUCUCCAUCUUAUCGUCGCCAUCGCGUCUUCCCGCUUCGCGACGCGACAAGCUUCGUUUCCACCAAUUCAUCGUCGACCAUCGACCACUUCCAAAGAUCGCAAAGCUCUUUGUGUAUUUGUUGCUUAAACUUUCUAGCACUCUGAUCUAGCAGACAGUCUUUACUCCCUUUUCAUCACCAUGACUUCCUUCUACGCUUCGUCGCCUACGGUCGUCCUUCCGGCUCCUUCGUCGCAAUACUUUCCUCAUUCGCAAACAUAUCAACCGCCUACCAGCAUUCCCAAUGCUUUCUUCAAACAAACUACUCUUCCUACGCCGUCGACUUCCUCUACCGCUGGACGCAAAAGGUCACGCGACGACGAUGACGACGAAGAGGUCAACCUGGUUGCUCCACUACCCUCACCUCCUAUGAACCGUGGAGAACCCAUCUACGGUCCUGGAAUGACGCUCAACAACCUCCAUGGCCAAUCUUCUACUGGAACCUGGGUCGAAAACACGUGGGUUGAAACACCCCAAAUCGACCCUGUAGCCACCCAAGCAUCCAGACCUACCAUGCCCAGUCGCAAGUCCCAACGUCGCGCUCCCUCCGGGCCCGAUUCUGAUGAGAUCGCUCUGAUGACCGAGCCCUCUGCUCAUCGCCGAACCGCAUCCGUCGAACCUCUGAUUGAUGAAGUUACGCGUCUGCUCGGCAUCUCAUGGAUGCGCUUGGACGCUAGCGAGGCUCUACAGAUCUCUGCAAAGGCCUACACAAGAUGGGUCUGCAGACACUACCCUGGUCUCGCCGACAUCGAGCUUUGGUUCGAGAACUCGUCCAUCCCUGGUUACCUCGGUGUCGCAACCAACCGAGCUUCUGGUCAGAAGGUCUUCUUGCUUUGGAGUAACGAUCUCAAGCAAGCUGUCCUCGUCACCAGAGAUCCCACCGAGUUGAUCCCAAAGCUUAUGUCUCCCCAAACUAUCAUCAGUUCGGCCACUGAGUCAAUGUUCGCUACUGACGAGCCUGUCGCUGACGACUCAUCCGACAAGGGCUCGCCGAGUCCAACUUUCGCCAUUCCUUCUAUCGUGCCCCAAGCUGCUGCAGCCAUGGAUGUCGAUUAGACACGUUUAUCAUCAUGGUGUAUUUCGGCGUUUGGGGAUAUCGGGAUCUUACUGGGAGCAAGACGAGUAAAGGAUGCUGCCGCUGGAAUUGCUAGGAGCUGGUAUGCUUGGGACUGGCUUUCAGGUGGCUGGGAUGCUGCAACUGCACGCAUACAACAAUUAUCUUCUCGUCCUUUGAGACGAAAAGUUGACCAUUAUUUUGACAUUGUACUUUAGCCCAACACAUUUCUAUUUAUCUGCUUGUUUUGUUUUGUUUAGAUAUCAAUCAAGCUUUGGCGUCAUGCCUAUCAUACAAACAA